AUGGGAGAAGCCAACGUGUCCCCCUUUUCUGACUGUGGACUGCGCUGGUGUCUCCAGCAGCUGGACAAGGAAGAGUUCCACACGUUCAAGGAGUUGCUGAUGGGAAGCACUUCGGGGCUGGUCCCGGGCUCCUUCCCAUGGAUGGAGGUGGCUGGGGCGGACGCACAGCACCUGGCCUUCCUCCUGCAUGAGCACUGCCAGGCUCUGGUGGUCUGGAGCAUGGCCAUGGACAUCUUUCUCGAGAUGAACCUGCCAGUGCUCUCUCAGAAGGCGAAGGAGGAGAUGGAAAAAUGUUCACUGGCUGAAAUACUACAAGAUUUUACACCCACGAAGACUGACCAAGGAACAAGCAUGGGCCAGCCUUCAGAAAUGUCACAAGUUAUAAAACAAGAUGAUACCACAGCAGCAAAGACAAAAGACCAAGGCCAAGGAGGUGACAAAGAGAACUACAAACAUCAUGUGAAGAAAAGGUUCGCCACAGUGUCGGGUGUACACCACAGUUUCAAAACCUUUGCCGCUGAUUGUUCACAAAUGCAAAUGUUGUCUGGUGCUUUCGCUCCAGACCAGCAGGGCUUCCGGCCACUCACCGUGGUCCUGCACGGAAGACCGGGGGUCGGGAAGUCAGCUCUGGCCAGGAGAAUCCUGCUGCACUGGGCCCGUGGGGAGCUUUACCCGGGUGUGUUCUCCUACGUCUUCUUCCUCGAUGCCCGAGACAUACCAUGGAGGAGGAGAAGCAGUUUCACGGAGUUAAUUUCCAGGGAGUGGCCAGACCCUGAAGUCCCUAUGGCAAACAUCAUGUCCCAACCAGACAGGCUCUUGUUUGUGGUCGACGGUUUUGACGACCUGGACGUUGCCUCCGAAAAUGCUGACCUGAACGUCUGUGACAACUGGACAGAGAAGCGGCCCGUGUCCGACCUGAUGUGCAGUCUGCUGAAGAAGGCCCUGCUGCCCGAGUCCUCUCUGAUCGUCACCGUCAGAGACGAGAGCCUAGAAAAGCUCUGCUCGAUGCUCGUCUCUCCCCGCUACCUCUUCAUUGAAGGAAUCGCGAUGGAGAAAAGGAUCCAGGUGUUCCUCAAGCACGUCAAGAACGAGGACCAGAAAACCCAGGUCCUGCAUGCGGUGCUGGACAACCACGUGCUGAUUGACAGGUGCCAGGUGUCCGUCACGUGGUGGCUGCUCUGCCGGGCUCUUGAGCUGCAGACAGCCUCGGGGAAGGGCCUGCCCCCUACCUGCCAGGUCCUCACCAGCUUGUACGCCACCUUCGUGGCCCAUCAGCUCGCCCCUCGAGAUGGCCCGGGACGCUGCCUCAGUCCAGACGAACGAGUGGUGCUGAAGGGCCUGUGCCGGAUGGCCGCGCAGGGCGUGUGGGCCAGGAAGUUCGUGUUCUACAGCGAUGACUUGGGCAUUCACGGGCUGACGGAGCCGGAGCUCUCCGUGCUGUUUCACAAGUACAUCCUCCUGCGGGACAGCCAGGGGGAGCGGUGCUUCACGUUCCUGCACCCGAGCCUGCAGGAGUUCUACGCGGCCCUGUACUACGUCCUGGAAGGCCUGGAAGCCGAGUGGGAGCCCCACGCUCUGUGCAUUGAGAAUUCCAAGAGCCUGAAGGAGCUCAAGCAGGUCAGCUUCAACGUCCACGUGCUGCAGAUGAAACGUUUCUUGUUUGGCUUCAUGAACAAAGAGGUGGUGCGGGCCCUGGAGGACCUGCUGGGGUGUCCCGUGGCCCUGGUGGUGAGGCGAGUGCUGCUCCAGUGGGUCUCCCUGUUGGGUCAGCAGGCCACCACUGCCUCCCCGCUGGACUUCCUGGACUCCUUCUACUGUCUCUUCGAGACCCAAGACGAAGAGUUUGUCCGUGUGGCGUUGAGCGGCUUCCGGGAAGUGAGGCUGACAAUGAACCGGCCCAUGGACCUGAACGUGUCCUCCUUCUGCCUCCAGCACUGCCAGCACCUUCGGGAAAUUCAGAUGGACGUCAGGGAGAUCUUCCCCGAAGAUGAGGCCACCGAGGCGUGGCCCGUCGUUCCACAAGGGCUGCAGACCAAGCCCCUGGUCAUCGAGUGGUGGGAGAACCUCUGCUCCGUGCUCAGCACCCACCCCAGCCUGCAACAGCUGGACCUCGCGGGCAGCAUCCUGAGCGAGUGGGCCAUGAGGACCCUGUGCGUCAAGCUGAGGCAGCCAGCCUGCCAAAUCCAGAAGCUAAUACUGGGGAACUGCGGCCUCACGGCGGCCGCCUGCCAGCACCUGUCCGAGGUCCUCACCAGCAGCCAGAGCCUGACGCACCUGGACCUGUCGACCAACCCGCUGGGGAAGGAUGGGAUGACGCUGCUGUGUCGCGGCUUGAAGUGCUUCACCUGUGCUCUUCAGAGGCUGAUGCUCCGGGACUGCCACCUGGACGUCAUUGGCUGUGGCUUUCUCUCCCUCGGACUCAUGGGCAACCGCCAUCUGACCCACCUGAGCCUCAGCAUGAACCCCCUGGGGGACGACGGCGUGGACCUCCUGUGCGAGGUCCUGUUGGAAACCACCUUUCACCUCCAGGACCUGGAGCUGGUGAGAUGUGGCCUCACUGCCGCCUGCUGCAGGAAGCUGUCCCUGGUGAUCGUGACCAACACGCACCUGAAGAGCCUGGACCUGGCGGCCAACGCCCUGGGGGACGACGGGGUGGCGGCCCUGUGCAUGGGCCUGCGGCUGAAGACUGCCUCGCUGCAGAGACCUGGGUUGGAGGCGUGCGAGCUGACGUCCGGCUGCUGCGAGGCCCUGGCCUCCGCGCUGCUCUGCAACCGCUACCUGCGCAGCCUGAACCUGCUGCGGAACAACCUCUGCCCCGAGGGCAUCCGGGAGCUGUGCCGCGCCUUCGGGCGCCCCACCUCCAAACUGCAGGUCAUCGG